UCGCUGACAAAUCAGGAGAUUAACAUGUCAUGGUGCAGCCUCACUCACCGCCUCGCUGUCUGAUUGCCUGCUGGCUGAAACACCGCCCGCGUUGCGCCAUUUUGAAACGCUGGGGAGAGGCAGAGGCGAGGGAAAUCUCAAAGUAGAGUGCAAAGUCUAAAAAAAAAUCACUACUGAGGAAUUAUACUUCAUUUGCUUUCAACUUGUUUUCGUGCUGUUUAUAUCAACUGGAGCCGACUGCUUGUGUUCGGUCUUCUGGAGGUACUACCAAGCAAGCACUCCUCUCCUCUCUGGUUGAUUCCUCCACACUGCUGCUGCUCCUCUUCGGUCAGAACCAGACCCGGGUCAGACCUGCUCCAGUCCAGUCCAGGGUCCACUACAGAGACACCCUCUGUCUGAGCAGCUCACCAUGGCAGGAGCCGGUGGUGGUGGUGGGAACAGUGAUGUGCAGUGGUGCUUUUCCCAAGUCAAAGGAGCCAUAGAUGAUGAUGUAGCUGAAGCUGACAUCAUAUCUACUGUUGAGUUCAACCACUCUGGGGAGCUACUAGCCACUGGAGACAAGGGAGGUCGUGUUGUCAUCUUUCAGCAGGAGCCAGAGAGUAAGAACCAGCCGCAGUGCAGGGGAGAGUACAAUGUUUACAGCACCUUCCAGAGCCAUGAGCCUGAGUUUGACUACCUGAAAAGCCUUGAGAUCGAGGAGAAGAUCAACAAGAUCCGAUGGUUGCCUCAGAAGAACGCAGCACAGUUCCUUCUGUCUACAAAUGACAAAACCAUAAAGCUGUGGAAAAUUAGUGAGCGUGACAAGAGACCAGAGGGCUACAACUUGAAGGAAGAAGAUGGCCGAUACAGAGAUCUCAAUACUGUCACAACACUACGGGUACCAGUAUUCAGGCCCAUGGACUUGAUGGUGGAAGCCAGCCCUAGACGGGUGUUUGCGAAUGCUCACACCUACCAUAUCAACUCCAUCUCAGUCAACAGUGAUUGUGAGACGUACCUGUCUGCAGAUGACCUGCGCAUCAACCUGUGGAAUCUGGAGAUCACCGAUCGCAGCUUCAAUAUUGUUGACAUUAAGCCAGCCAAUAUGGAGGAGUUGACGGAGGUGAUCACAGCGGCGGAGUUCCACCCCAACCAAUGCAACACUUUUGUCUACAGCAGCAGCAAGGGCACCAUCCGCUUGUGUGACAUGAGGGCGUCAGCACUGUGCGACAACCACGCCAAACAGUUUGAAGAGCCAGAGGAUCCAAACAAUCGUUCGUUCUUUUCUGAAAUCAUCUCAUCCAUCUCUGAUGUGAAGUUCAGCCACAGCGGACGCUACAUGAUGACCCGCGACUACCUGUCCGUCAAAAUCUGGGAUCUCAACAUGGAGUCCCGGCCAGUAGAGACAUAUCAGGUGCAUGAAUAUCUCAGGAGUAAAUUGUGUUCACUCUAUGAGAACGACUGCAUCUUUGACAAGUUUGAGUGCUGUUGGAAUGGGAACGACAGCGUUGUGAUGACCGGUUCCUACAACAACUUCUUCAGGAUGUUCGACAGAGGAUAUCGGCAGGACGUGACCCUAGAGGCGUCGCGGGAGAACAGCAAGCCGCGGUCGGUCCUGAAACCUCGCAAAGUAAGCACGGGUGGGAAGCGCAAAAAGGAUGAGAUCAGUGUAGACAGUCUGGACUUUAACAAGAAGAUCCUCCACACUGCCUGGCAUCCUCUGGACAACAUCAUAGCCGUGGCCACCACCAACAAUCUGUACAUAUUCCAGGAAAAACUGAACUAGCGUUUGUUGAACCACUCAGAAUCCCAGUUUCCGCUUCAGCCCCACUGCUCUGAUACACAAACAGUAUCUGUCUUUGGCUAAGUCCCCAAGUCUUGAUAUGAUCUGCCCUCGGUGACUUUAGUAUUGAAUGUGACAAGACUUACUCUGUCAACAACAAACAGUGGCAUUAACACAGUACAUCCAAGCAGGCCAUCACAUGGAUAUUUUCCAUGUGUGUGACGAAUAUAAACAUGCAGGGUUUGUAGAUCCGAGUCCAGAAUUUGGGAUUUAGUUUCAUGGAUUUUCUCCAUUAGGAGCCCUCUGAUGACUAAGCUACUCCACUACAUCCCAAACCAAAGGGAAAAUGUGUUAAAUACACGUUUGACUAGUUUGUUUCAUUAUUCUUUUGUGCCAUUGUGACAUGAUUCAUUUGUAUGUCAUAGCUACCACUUGUUAAGAUUUUGUCUCUACCAUGUUUUAUUAGUUUGAAUAGGAAAUUAUUUCUACUGUUUCGACGUCUUUCUGUCACCAAGUUCCUUUUCGUGCUGGCCUGAGACACCGCUCAUACAAGCUGUCAACACUUCAUAUUUGCCCCCAAGUAUUUGUCAAGUUGCCAAGUUCACCCACCACUUCUUUUCCUAUUGUACAGUAUGGUUAUGCUGUUAAAGGACUAUUCUCGUGUUUUAUCAUGUUUUAGCUCAUUCUCUACGAAUAGCGUAUAAUUUACAUUACUGCUAACCUUUGUCCACAGCGUACCAGUAUUUAUUAGAUGGUUUACAUUACUUUCUCUACAGUAUGAAAGUCAACUUAUUGAAACUGUAUUCCAUCACAGUGAACUUGCUGUCUUUGAUUAAGCCAAAAUAAUUGUUCGUUGAUAAAAUACUGUAACAUCUCACAUGAAAAGCCAGUUCAAAUCUGCCUUUUUAAUGCAGGAAACAAUGAAAUGAAUCCAUGUUUCUUCUGGAAUAGAGUUUCCGAUACAAUAGCUUAUAAAUGCAUUGGUUUUAAAAUCAGACUAAAUGUUCACUGAGAUUCAUCUCAAGCAAGUUUCAAGCCUGUAAGUUGGUUUUCAUUGUGUAUUGAAAAGGCUACAUUUAGGAAAAUGGUUAGCAGUAAUGUAUAUAAUUAAUGGCCAAAAACAUAAACACCAGUGUAGUCAUUUUAACAUGGUCACAGGAACUGCGUGCACACACACACAAUCGUCAGGUAUUGUGGUUUCGGGAGUUGAAUGAGGGCUAAUCAUGCCAAAGUAACCAGUCCUGUACACUCUAAAGUUAUAUUCAUUUAAAGCUGUCUUGUAGACAAGGUGUGGUUAUGUGUGGACCGCCAUGUAAAGCUCAGGACGAAAGCUUGUAUAGGUGGAAGGGGCAUAAUGGCGUGAUGUAGCCUAAUUCUCUCGUGGUCAGUGGCACCAAAAUUGAGCGCCGCUGCCAGCUCUCCCCACAAAGCCUGUCGUGUUGUUGCCGAGUGAUUGAUCGCUUUAAUCUCUGGAUCUAGUUUCUGUUUUUUUUUUAUGAUGUUUUGUACUGUACCUGAUGAUAAAAGAAGAAUAAUCACUAUAGCUGAUUUAUUUUUGUAUAAAUUAAGGCAAUAGGAUUACAGUCUGAUCACUGUAGUUUCUUUAGCUGUCUAUCUCGGACUGAUUGUAGAUGGAGGGUCGCCUGAUCCGGUGACCUUUUUGUCAUGACUUUGGGACAGUUUGUUCAUACUGGCGGGUAUUUCUUUAAAAGCUAGAGACUUUUUUGUGACAGCAAGGGGAGUGUGAUGCUCACAUUGGAUGUCCAAAGAAAAGUACUUUCAGGUGUCAGUACCUCUGUAGUCGUAAGCACUAUAAGUUUUUUUUUUUGUUUUUUUUUUUAUUUGGCUGACUAACUGACUGAACUUAUUUGGAUGAUUCAGAGUUAGAGUUAAUUUUAAUCUUUAACGUUAUGUUUUUUUGUGCCAUGGUUUUUGUUCAUGAAUCAUUUUUGCUCGCUGUGAAAGAAUAGGCCCCUUGUGGGUCUAAAUGGGAAAGACAUUUUAAUCAACAUGUAAUGUUAAAACUGUUAAAUCCAGUUCUCUCUAAAAGCUAGUCAAGUCCGUUGACUAGGCAGAGUUACUGAUUUUAAAUUAUUGUAUGAAAUGUCUUCUCUCUCUCUUGUGAUGCAGGAGAAUACAGACUUGAUUAUUGAAAAAGGAGAAUUUGUGAAGCACUUGGUUUGCAGAUUGAUUGUUGUACAGAAGCGGUCAUUAAUGACUGUACUGACAUGGGGGGGUAAAAAAAUACUUUAAAAAAAAUUAACUCUGCUGUUUCUCUGCUACACUUUCGUUUGCUCACACGCUGCCAAUUCUCUUCUGGAGCAACCAGGCUGAUUAUAGCACAGUUUUCCACUUCAUUAAAAUGACAUUUUGAUGACAGAUUAAGCCAUUGAAUCACUGGUCCACUGGAUCAUAUUUAUGUAAGUUAAUGUGUCACUCCUACCACCAAAAUAACCACCCAUCUUCACACGGUGGUGUUAAGCUACUGUUGAGUGUCGCUCUCUCAGGGCCUCUGGGUAAUGUCUUCUUCUAAUGAGACACUUUGCUAAUCUCUUUUUUUAAAUUUUGCAACCUUUUUUGGAAAAAAAAAAAAAUGUUUCUUUCGUGUCUGAUGCAAGGUUGUGUGAGGGUCAUUCAAGUUAUUUGCCUCUUCAUAUGUAUGAACCUGUAUAACGUGGCACCUUUGUCCCAUUCCACGGUCAAGGAUGAUCCAAUCAACCGGAGAGUUGUCCAUUCAAAAUAUGAGAUCAGUGUUA